GAUUAAUCGCAGAAUGACGGACCAUGAAGUGCCGCGAAUAUAAGCCCCCAGGCGCGUUGGCAAUCCGAUCAAAUUCAUUUCGCCACCAGACAGAGCAACAUGGUUAGGUUGGCGUUUAUCCUGGGAUUGGGCCUUUUGGCUUUGGCCAAAAGUGUUAAUGCACAGAUGACCAACAUAUUUGCCAUGACCAAUACGAAACUGCUCACUGAGCACAUUGCUGGUGGGGAUCAUUAUUCGAGUAUUUUCAACACCAGACGCUUGUCAGUGGAGUUCUUUGAGCACUACGCCAAUGUAACUCUAGAGGAUCUCACGGCGAACUCGAACUCGAGGAUACCCUCGUUGCAGGAUCUCGAGUGCCUAGCGGAUCUAGCGCUCCUGUCCAAGGACCUAUCGUCCUUUAAAUUCUGGGCCCUGAAGAUGAUUGACUCCUGGGGCCUGCUGCCUUCGGGAAUGCUGGCGGGCAACUGGUGGAACUUGGGCAACUUCGACGAGUGCAUUGCAAUUGACCAUGCUGUGACCAGCAGUCACAGUAUCAAGGGCAAGUACUGCAUCACCAAACUGACACCAGCUCCAAGUCUGCUGCCCAUAUUAGCUCUCAAGUCAGCUGUCUGCUUUCCGGCCACCUGUUCCGCCGCUAACAUGGAUACGAUGCUCCGAAGGCUCUUCCAGAAGCUGCUCACCGUGGAGAUUGAUGCAGAUGUGCAGAUCGUCGCCGAGGAGACAUGCCAGACCGCAGUGAAGAAACCGUACGAUGGCCUCGCCAUAUUCACCAUAGUGAUCGUUUCGAUCUUGGGUGCUAUAGUGGGCGUCUGCACUAUUUUCGAUUAUUUCUUUUGCAAAGAUGAGAAAACCAUCCAUCCAGUGGUAGAAGCCUUCUCGGCACGAGCUAACUCGCGUGCCCUAUUCCGCAUUGUGGACACCAAGGCGAAUCCCAACGUCAUCGAUUGUCUUCAUGGGAUCCGAUGCCUUUCCUUCAUCUGGGUGGUCUACGGUCAUGACUAUAUGGUGCUUGCCACGUCGCCCAACAUUAAUAUGGGUUACCUUCUGACGUGGAUCAACUCAUUCUACAGUCUGUUUGUAAAACAUGCGGUCUAUGCGGUGGACUCAUUUUUCUUCCUGAGCGGUCUGUUGCUCGUGGUGAUUGCCCUGCGAUCAAUGGAUAGAACCAAGGGAAAGCUGAAUAUACCCCUAAUGUAUUUGCAUCGGUAUCUGCGACUCACGCCCAUCCUGGCCAUUGCCAUACUCUUCUACAUGAAGAUCCUGCCGCUGUGGGAAAGCGGGCCACUUAAAGGAUCAAUAAGCUUUGAUGACUACUCAGCAUGUGAGAGCACCUGGUACUGGACACUACUCUAUGUGCAGAACUAUGCGACUGAUAGCCUGUGCCUAAGUCAUUCCUGGUACCUGGCGGUGGACAUGCAGCUGUACAUCUUUGCACCAUUCCUCCUGAUCUGCCUGUACAAGUGGGGCAAGAAGGCGGCUGCCGGAAUCUUUGUUCUGAUGCUCCUGCUGGCCGGCUGUCUUUUUAGCAUCAUGGUCAUCAAUGAUUUAUCGCUAGGAAGCGGCGGUGAUUCGAUGAGGAAGCUCUACUAUGCCACACAGACUCGUGCUUCUCCCUACCUGAUUGGCAUACUGUUCGGCUACUUUCUUCAUACCAACCGGGGCAAGGAUUUCAAGCUGAACCGCCUGGCUGUCCUCCUGGGAUGGCUGAUUGCGUUGUCACUGAUAGCCAGCUGCCUGUUUUCGAUCUAUGGUCAGAACACGUUGCCCAUUGUGGAGGAGGCCUUCUACGUAAGCCUAACCAGGAUCGCCUGGCCCCUUGGUCUCUGCUGGGUGGUUUUCGCCUGCAUGCACGGUUACGGAGGACUGGCCAACAGCUUGCUAUCCUCUCCCCUGUGGCAGCCGCUGUCCAGGCUAUCCUAUUCCGCCUACAUCUUUCACAUGUUCAUCGAGAGCUUGAACGGUGGAAUCACGCACACAAGUACCUACUUUAGUGACUAUCAAGUGAUGCUUCGAUUCUGGACGGACUUUGGCUUUACGAUUCUGUUCUCGUACCUCAUGCAUAUCCUAAUCGAAGCGCCAUUCGCCGGUCUGGAAAGCCUUUUGCUGCCCGCAAAGAGGCCAAAUGCCAAGCCGGCCGCGGUGGUGGAGCCCAGGAUGUCGGAGGUGAAGGCAUCAGUCGAAGAAUCUCCAGUAGGUAAGCCUGCGGAAGCGAUAUCCACGAUACCCGACGAAGUUAUUCAGGCUGCUCCCGAAAAGAGCAACGUUUUAGUAUAAUUACAUUUAAAAUAUAUGAUUUCAUGCGUUACGU